ACUCAGGGAAACGAAACCCUCACAUCUUCCCAAAAACAUGAAAAACUGGUUGUGCCGAGUGUUGGUGAUGCUGCUGAGCCUGUGUGAGGGUUUCUGGGCUGUGCCCGGCCCCCGGCUACGGCCUUCGGAUCCCCGAGCCGAGUUCGAUUCCAUCGUCAACCUGGCCAGGAACCUGCUGAGUGACACCAAGAACCUCUUCAAUCACUUUAAAAACCGCUAUCCUGCUGAGGGGGAGCACAAACUGGAAACGCUCCCCGUUUUGUCCAUGAAUGCCGUGGAGCUUGCCAACAUCCAGAUGGUGAAACUCAGCCUCCCGCGGCCCAAUGACCCUCUGCCAACCCUCCCAUCCCACGGCACCCACUGGUCCGUGGUUCAAGCAGGACACGCCAUUGUCCACUCGUUUCACCUGUAUUUGGACUGGGCGGCCCGCGCGCUGGUUCUGAUUCGGAACAAGCUGUGAACCGCCAAGAGAUGGAACCACCACGGGUAUUUUGGAAAGCCUCCCCACGGACCUGGAACUGUUCAAUCCCGCUCCAGAGGAAGAGGAGGAG